AUGUCCACUCGCGCCGGCGACAACAUCCCCCCCUACGUCGAUCCCUCCUCCGUCCCCAUCGCCCGCGAACUUGGCAUCCUCUUCGGCUUCCUGCUCGCUUCGUUGGUCAUCAUGGUUGUUUAUACUGUUUUGUGGCGCGCAUUCGAACGCCGCGAAGAGGACCGCGACCGCCUCCGCAAAGAACGGCUCGUCGCGCGGGGCGUACACCACGGACGCGGCGGGUUGCACGAGAAGAUGCUCGAUCAGGAGGUGCUGAGGGCGCGCGCGGAGCUGCCGGGGCACACGGGGUUGAGCAUAGGGGAGCUUGGGGGGAGAUCGAGGUCGCACUCGAGGGUUGGGGAGAGGGAAGGGAGUAUACCGAGGCGGGGGCGUGGGGAGGAGGGGGUUAGGGAGAGGCGUGGGUCGAGGAUGAGGGAGGUUUUGUGA